UCACCCCCCCUCCCGCCCGCCUCCAUCACCUCCGCUCCGUGCGCGCUAUUCCUCCCUCUCCUCUUCAUCGCUACUGCUGCUGCUGCCGCUGCUGUAGCCUCAUCUAGCACGGCCGGGCAGCUAUAAUGGCCGCAAAGCCGCGGCUCCUGCCCGUGCCGUUCCCAUUCGUGUUCUCAUCAUCGGCAGCUGCUCCAUCAUCGUCGCUCGCGCUCAUCCUCAUCCUCCUCCUGCACCCCGCGUUGUCAUCUGCGUCCGUGGCGCACUCCGGCUGUCGGACACACACGGUGACCGUGUCCACGCUGCCGGUGUUGCGUGAGAGCGAAGUGGCUUUCACGGUCUCUCCUCGAGCUCGUCGUCGUCUGCCGCCGAGUCCAAGCUGCUGUUGUCCAUCAGGCACGAUCCUCCCCGGAGAACUGGCCAUCGCGGACGACCUGGAGAACACCGAGCUGCCUUACUUCGUGCUCGAGAUCAUGGGCCCUGCCGAGGAGCUUCCCGCCGUCCACUGGCGCCAGCGGUGGCUGGAGAACGGCACGCUGCACUUCCGCGUGCUGCGCGACAGCGUGGCGCUGCGCUCCCCCGUCGCGGUGCCCACCCUGCGGCCCAACUCACAGCAGCUCGAUGAGCAGCUGCACAUGCUGCACGUCUCCGUCAUGGGCGGUCUCAUCGCGCUGCUGCUGCUGCUCCUGCUGCUCACGCUCGCCCUGUACACGCGCCGCGGCGGCGGCGGCGGCUCCUCGGGAUGCUGCCGUGCCCAGCGCCACCGCCCGCCGAUGCCGCCGCAGAAGAGCGCAAGCGCCGAGGCGGGCGACGAGAUCCACUACAUCCCGUCCGUGCUGCUGGGCGCCCACGGUCUCGACUCGCGCCGCUCCAACGCCCGCCUCCUGCAGGACUCGCACGCCGACGCGGACGGGACACCGGUGCGCGAGACGCCGAUCCUGGACGACUUUGACUUCGAGAACGGCGUGGGCGUGAGCGGCACGGUGCAGCGCAUGAACCACCGGGGCGGCGGUGGCGGCGACGAGGAUUACGGGAGUCAGGUGACGCGCACGCUCGAGAGCCUGGGCCGCGUCGACGAGGACUGCCACGGGCACUGCGACGUGAGCCCAGGCCGGGACGAGACGGUAGAGUCGCUGGUGAUGAAGUUCAAGGAGAGCUUCCGCGCCAACGCCCCAGUGGAGCUCAACCGGCUGCAGCAGAUGCCUACGCCGUGCGGCUCCGACAACCGGCGCAAGCGGCGGCGCCGCAGCCGCAGUCGAGGAGGCACCAGUCUUUCACGUGGUGGGGAGGACUCCGGGACAGAUGCGGAUGACGAGACGCAGCUGGCGUUUUAUACUGAGCAGCACCGCGGACGCAGGAAAAGCCGAGGCUCUCCCCGGAGUCCCGUUGGCAAGACGACGCUGGCCCUGCUGAGCGUGACGACGUGCGCCGUGGCCAUGGUGUGCGGCGUGCACCUCGCCUGCCCGCUCACCGUGCGCGUCACGCUGCACGUCCCCGAGCAGUUCGUGGCCGACGGCAGCGUGUUCGUGCUGUCUGAGGGUGCCCACCUGGACGUGUCGGACUGGCUCAACCCGGCCAAGGUGGUGCUGUACCGGCAGGGCGCCAACGAAUCGAUCCCGUGGGUGCGCGACCCCUGCGCCGAGCGGACCCUCAGCCCCUGCGAGCACCUCUGUGACCCCGAGACCGGAGACUGCAGCUGCCGGGAUGGCUACCUGCCUGACCCUGUCUACAGCCACCUUUGCGUGCGCAAGCAGUGGGAACUAAACCAAGGGCCCUGGCCGUACACCACGUUCGAGAGCGGUUACGACCUUCUGAACGGAAAACAGCCGACAGACAAAAUCUUCAGGUUCACGUACGGCAUGGGCCAAGGCUUGUGGCUGCCCUUCAGCAAGACGUUCGUCGUUCCUCCCGUCGAGCUGGACAUCAGCCCACUGGCCAGCUGCCGCACGGACCUCUCCAUCACGGAGGAGACAGCCGAAGUCCGGGAGGAGGCGAUGCGCUCGACGCAUUUCGAGUCCCUCGAGGAUCUGCUGGACUCGUUCGGCCCGGUCCGCGACUGCUCGCGGGACAACGGUGGCUGCACGCGGAACUUCCACUGCGUGUCUGAGCGUCGCAUCGACUCGUCGGGCUGCGUGUGUCCUCGGGGCCUGCGGCCCAUGAAGGAUGGGUCUGGCUGCUACGACUACAGGCUUGGCGUCGACUGCUCGGACGGGAUGAAUGGGGGCUGCGAGCAGCUCUGCCUGCAGCAGACGGUGCCGCUGCCCGACGAGACGUCCUCGUUCAACAUCCUCAUGUUCUGCAGCUGCGUGGAGGAGUACCGCCUGGGUCUGGACGGGCGCUCGUGCAUCCUGACGUCGGAGCCAUGCCCCGACGCGCCCGACUGCCCGUCGGACGUGCGCCCCAACCCCAACGAGACGCUCUUCGCCGAGAUGCUCCACGGCCACGAGAACUCGUCCGGGAGCCUCGGAGGCGGUAGCCACGGCGGCGACGAGAAUCGCACGGAUCACCUCGGCAACGGCACCCGCUCGAGCGACAUCACCAGGGGACUGAUCUUUCGCAUGACCUUCCGGGAGAACAACUUCAUGAAGGAUUUCCCGCAGCUUGCCGACGGACUCGAGGUGAUGCCUUUGCCGCCCGACCAGCAGUGCCAGGCUCACCUGUCUGACCCCAGCCCUGCCCUGCAACAGCUUAAUGGCCACGUGAACUACAGCGUGGUGACAGGCUACCCCAUCGAGCAACACUGGACCCUGCGCAGCAAUUUGAAGAGAGUGACUCUCAGCACACGCACCCUCUCCCCGGGCUUCGUCAAGGCCAUCGGAGCCCUGAGUCCCGAGAGCUCGCGGGAUGAGUUCCUCGCUCUGGCCGCCGACUUCGGAAGCCGCUUCAUGACCGAGGCGCUGUACGGCUCCGAGCGACACUGCACCAUGCGCUUCCCGAGCAAGCGCCUGCAGCGACAGAUGUGGAUGCAGUACCAGAGGCUCAGCAAAGUGAUGCACGAGUCGGGUGGCGAGACGCACCGGGGCCGCGACCCCAAAUAUACGUCUUUCGCGGCGUACAUCUCCGGGCUGGCCGGCGGCGUCAUCGGCGGCGGUGGUGCCGGGGAUGGCGCGGGCAUCCCGGGGCUGGAGAUGAGCUGCUGGGAGAAGGGCGGCUGCCCGCCGUCAUGUAGCCUCUGCGCCGAGCAUGGCCAGCCGCACGCCACUGGCCCCACGCCCGUGCUCCUCGAGGCCGCGAGGACCUCGUCCGUCUGCGAACUCCUCCACGACAAUCGCACGCGGGAGGCGUGCCGCACGGCCAUGCAGAGUGCCGCCUGGUGCUCGGGGCGCGGCGAGGUCGUGGGGAACUGGUGCCGCUGUGACCCCGAUGCCUUCGACCACCAGGGCCUCCCCGACUGCGCCCCCCUGCCACGGCCCACGCUGCGGCUCUCACCGGCGCUGGAGCCCACCAGCACGCUGGUGGCACUCGAGUGGGAGGACCUGGAGCCGCCGGUCGGCGCCCGCAUCGUCGACUUCGAGCUGCAGUACGAGACGGUGGCCGAGCCGGGCGUCCGCGGCGCCGAGAUGCACUUGGGGGGCCUCGCCGACUCCUGGCAUGGCCUUGAUGCCAAAAAGAACUACCUGAGCUUCACCGAGGACCUUCUCUCAGGAUCCAUGUCGCCCUGCGUUGUGAUUGGCCGCAACGUCAAAUCAGGCCCCCUCCCCGGCGUCUUCACGCUCAUCUUUCAGUGCCUGCGUCCCGACACACUUCACAAGUUCACCCUGCGCGCCGUGGACAGCACGGGGCGCCGCUCGGAGCCGUCCUCGCUUGUGAUGCGCAUGCCCUGCGAGGUGGUGGAUGACAACAAGGCUGAAGACGUGGCGGACCGCGUGCACACGCUCUACAACGGCUACACCAGCGGCAAGGAGCAGCUGUCGGCCUACCAGCUACUCAUGGAGGUGACGCCCUCCGCCCUGCACCGCGUGCAGCGCCACUACAACAAGCACUACGGCAAGUUCGGAGACUUCGCCUGGCGCACCGAGGACGAGCUGGGACCCCGGAAGGCCAGCCUGAUCCUGCGGCGCCUCGGGGAGGUGAGCGCACGCUGCGCCGCGCUGCUCACCGAGCCGUCCAUCUACAUGCACACUGUGUCCAUCCCGUACUUGGUGUGCCGCGGUCUGGGGGGACCCCCGCCCUGGGGAUUCCUGCGACCCUCCGACCUGCCGCGCGUCUGCGAGGAGCGCUGGCUCAGCGUGCUGCGAAACUUCUUCCCGGAAAACGCCGAGGGCUAAAAAAUUAUAUAACAGAUCCAAGAGUAGGCCCCUAACCCGCGGUAGGGCAGCGAGGCCCCCAGGUGCCCUCGUUCAUUCGCGAAUUUUGAGAGUGCGUUACGCCUGGCUUUUGUUUCAUAUAUAUAUAUACGUAACCUGUUGUUUCCCCCCCCCACGUCUUUUUGAAAUUCCCCACUGCAUUCUGGGUUCUUUAAUGACGAUUAAAAAAAAAAGUUUACAAAAAAAUCCAACAGUACCCCGACAAGCUUAGCGCAGAGACAAUGAUGAUGGUGGGCACCGAGUGGUCCCUGUUGGUUGAACCCAGUGGUUCUUAACCUGGGGUGCACGCUGCACCCCCUGGGGGUACGAGAUGCCCUUUCUUGGGGUAGCGAGGCAUGGCCAGACUUUGUUUAGAAGGUAAAUCAUCGAAAACACAAAUUUAGCACGGGCACGUGAGUACAACCCCUAUGUAUUUAUGACCAUUAUACUUACAUUUUUUAAUGAUCGAGAACCAAAGGGGUGCAAGGCUGCAGUCAAGGUUAAGAACCGCUGGUUCAAUCAGCCGGCGGCUCCGCAGCGGUGAUCACUUGUGUCCGGCGGCGUAGCUUUUGUACGCUCUUGUGGCUGUGCAGCUCUCCGGCGUGGUUUUCGCGGCCGUGCCGCUGCGUGUUGUUCGGCACGAAGCCCUGACGUUUCUCUUGCGCCUGCUUGGGAACUUCUUCCGAAAGGGUGCAUCGGUUCAGUUCCGAACUCUCUGAAUUGGCUCUUCAGUCCUUGAAGGUGAAGUUCUUAGCGCGUGGAGCAAAGCGUCGGACUUGGCGCCAAGCAACGCGCGGUACGAGUGGUAAUUAACUCACCUUGUGGCGUCAGGUCGAGUACGACCUCUGGUGACAUCUACGACCAUACUCUGCCCUCCACACCUCGCUGCUUCACGUUGCUGGGUUAGUGUAAGGCCUGUGGUGUUCUUGAUGUCGUCCAUCCACCUCUGAGUUCGGCAUGCAGAUCCUAGAUGUCAGUGAACUCGGAUGGACAGGAAUGGGGCAUCUUCUUGGUUCUUUCAGUAAAGUCACGUAGAAGGGAAAUAAAACAUAAUAAAAUAUUUAAUUAUGUUUUAUUUUUAUUAUUUUAUUAUUUCCCUUCUACGUGACUUUACCGAAAGAACCAAGAAGAUGAAUCCCUGCAGUCACGAAAGCUUUAAAUCGAAAAAAAAGGAAUGGGGCACUAUAAUUCGGACGACCGUAACAUUCUAUACUCGGGCCACAAAUCGUACAAGAAGAAUGGAGUGAUUUAAAAGAGGGCAUUUAACUGCUGCGCCUGAAUAAACACGCUUGGUGGUAGCCGUGUGACCUAUGGAAAUCUGUGAUGACCACAGCCUUCGAUUUAAACACUGGUGUUUUAUGUUAUUUUUGUUGUCGUGUUUAUUUUAAAUCACCGCACUACUUUUUCUAGCAUAUGCCAAGUCGGUGUAAAUUAUACGUCCGGGUUUAAGUUUGUGUGCCAUGUGGUAGCUUCAGGGAGGAGUGGGCCUUGUGGAACGCGUCAAAAGACUUCCCAUUGAGGCUUUGGUUAGGAACCUCGGCAGAAAUCCGUGGCGUUCGCCAGCGGUCACCAGUGGACCCCGCUUCAUUCGAUUGUCUCGCGUGGCGAUCCCAGAUUGGUUUCCAGGAUCUCAGUCGAGUUCGUGGAGGGUCGAACAAGGUCUUGGUUUAACGAGAGGUUUAUCGGACGACGAAGAAGAAGUGUAGUUGUGAGAAAAGUGAAUUUCAUUUGCAUACACUUCCCCCCGCAUUUUAAAAUGUUACAUCAAGCAACUCUACGUCUCGUAUUAUUUCUCGAGCAUGGAAGAGUAGGCCAAAACACCCUUUAGAGGGUCUCUAUAGAGCUCCCUCUAGUGGCUAUCCUUCCUCUAGCUGUGAUGUGGUCAAGACAUUGUAGGGCUGCACCUUUACCUUCUACUUCAAGUGAGGCUUGCUUCGCACUGUGGCUGUCUUCCCACAGUCCCUUGCAGCUCAAACACUUUGACGCGAGUCUUUAUGUUUAACGGUAUGUUUUUGUUGCAUGCAAUUAGUUUGGCUUAUCAAACUUGCUUUUGUUUAACAACUAAAGAAAGGAGAAUGUAGAUACAUUUUCAUUGAUAUUUUUGGUUUGUUCACUGGACUGCCGUACAUUAUGUGUUCUCGUGGUGGUUUUCUUUAUGUCUGCAUUACUUCCAUGCUUGUGUGCCGGCUGGCGUGUUUGGUAGAUGUGCUCGUGAUGUGGAGAGCGCCAAGUGCCGUGGUGAAUGCAUUGCAUGGCAAACUUGGGUGACCCGCGUUCAAUUCCCGGCUAGAACUCACACUUGUGAAACAUAUCUCAAGCAGUCCAGGGUCUUCCCAUGAGGUCAACUCAACUUGAAUUGAGUAUCUGCCGGGGUGUGUGAAAAUUUUCACUGGGGAGACAAAGGUGGCUGGGCGCUGUAACUGCCACACCACUCCCUCGCACGCUGUGCCGGCCUUGUAUUUAUGUUGAACUUCUUUCGCGCCAUACAUCGGCAACCGAGCUUUUCGGAGGUGCGGGGGAAGGAUAACAAUCUAAACACAAAAAGCAGUUCUAGAGAAAUGCCUUUUAAGUCUAGAUAAAAAACAAAGUGCAUAGCUCCAGUGGCUUCCUAAUACCGAAAGAAAGAGGGUUCCUGACGGCCACAGAAGCACACCUGAAAGCGCGCGAUGCAUUAAUUGUUUUCGUCCGACGGUUAGCCAAAAGCCACUGCGAGGAUGACCGGAGUUUAUCGUGAUGGUGUACGCUCCUCUACGAGAUCAGCGAGGUCAAUAGCUGCUCGCAAACAGCUAUCACCCCAAAUGCUACACGGGGAAUCUUUGUCUCUCUGUUGGUGGGAUGCAAUUUGACCACCCUUGUGGUUUACCCGGAUUUGCUCAUCAUGCCAUCGCUCAUGAUGACAUCACGGCCCACAGGAUGGGCAACUACCCCGAGACAUCGCAAUGUCAAAGCAACGUUUGCCUGAGAGAGAGGUUGAGCUGUCGCCGCGUUGACUUGUUACGUCUAUUUAUGGAAACGGCUCCUGACAAGUCGCUAUCAAAUAUUCCCAGCUCAGUCUAGCCAUGCACCACCCCUUCCCGACGUCGUUCUUGGCCAGAUGGGUUUGGCAGUGUGACGUGUUGUUGAAUACGAAUAGCAAUUGAGUUGAUCGCAAGAAGAUUAGCGAUGAUGAUGAUGAUAGCCUACAAUCCAUUGUCAAUCCGCUGCUAGAUGAAGGCGUCCCAAAGCAUGUGUCGGUCAUGGGUGUUUGACUAUACUUCACCAUGCUGGUCAGUGUGUGUUUGUGAAGGUGGUGGGGGAGCGGAGGAGGCAGGGUGCCGCGGUAGUGAGAUGUUAAUUACCUCGCCCUGGCAUACAGGAAGUCAUGGGUUCGAUCCCGAUUUUGUAUUUGGCUGCGAUACAUUUCAACAUGAUAAGCCACUUCGUUGAGCUAUCGUUUGUGGCCAGGUCGCUUUUGAAAAAGAGCUAUAGAGCUCAGUUGACCUUACCUGGUAAAAAAAAGAAUAAUUUAUAAUUGUAGGGCAAAGACAGCCACCCAUUUUAUUCUUGACCAGGAAUUGAACUUAAUCUUCUUGGUUCUUUCGGUAAAGUCACGUAGAAGGGAAGUAAUAAAAUAAUGAAAAUAAAACAUAAUAAAAUAAUUCUCACGACGUUUCAGCCACAACGCAAGCAGCCGUCCUCAGGUGAAGCCAGGUCUGUCGAGGCGACAACGUCUGAAUGAAACAGCACACGUGCUUGGAGCAUAUAUAUAAGCUGGGUUGAAAGGGGGGGGCGCCUUGACAAAAUAAUUUGCAUAUCAAGAGGAAUCCAGCAUACCCAUGGGAAAUGCAGGUAUGUGAUUAGUACUUCUUGUGUCCGUGCAUUAUGCAGGAUUAGAAAAAUGUAACUUAAGUUACACGGUUCAGAGUUCAGCACCACUAACCGCUGUGCCACUGCUCCAGAGCCAUUAUGUUAUUUAGUUUAUCCAGAUCUAAAAAUGCCAGGCCCCGUGGUCCUUUCCUAAAUCACUCCUCGACAAUCGCACAUAUCUCCUCUCCCAUGCUCCACUGGUCGAGCGUUUCAUGCUCACUGAUCAACAGUUGGGUGCAGUUUACACUCAUGAUUUCUCGGGUUGAUCGAGCGUAUUGGUUGAGAGUUGCACAUGGACCGUUUUGAGUGCCGUCGUUGUUGUAAAAUGUGAAUCUCUCAUAGCCGUGAGUAAAGGAUAUUGUGAUCGGUACCGCUUGUUGUCCAAGGCCAUCGGGGGUCACAGGGAAUCGUUAAAAUACGUCGAGUAAUCACAAUAAAACACAUUCCAAAUGAUUACUAAUCUACAACUCGCAUCGUAACAAUAGCCUGAUUACUAAUCUAGUAUAUAAUUACAAUCACUCCCCCCUUGAAUCUUUGCACCUGAUGAGUUAAUGAGUUAAUGAUGACGUCACCCUGCUGCUGCUCUAUAUAAGGACGGGAGACACAGCAGAGCCUCACCAUUCUGGCGAAUUGCCCGAUGAUGCUGGAUGCAAUUACCAGCGAAACGUCGUACUCAAAUUGUAAAUGUUGUGGCUUCAACACACCGGUGGGCUAAAGCAGUGAACUAUUUGUCUUUGUCAACGUGACACAUUUUUACUCAUUGGCCGUGUCGGGUGGUGGAGGGUUACGACACAUUUAUAAAUAACGCGAUCUAAACCCAAAAACUUUGAUAAUGAAUGUGUUCCUUCUUUUUACGUAUUGCCGAAAAUUUCAGUUGGUGCUAAUUUUUGCAUUGGUAUAAAGUAAAAGAAGACAAAAUUAUAAAAAACAAAAUAUAUAUAUAUAUACCGAGGGCUUCAGAACUGUAGUAAUUAUUGGUACCGGCUUACCGCCUGGCUUCUGCGUCUCAGCUUAUCUGCUGUUAGAUGCACAUUGCGUGAAGGACGACGCUAUAUAAAUCUAAACAUUAUUAUUGCCUGCAUUUAAUUCCCAUCGGUUGCCAUAAACGGCUGCGUUUUCAGUAGGUACUGAGAUGGUUAAUAUUUUCUGCAUUUGUAAUAAUGACUGUGUUUAUCCGAGCCAAUUGUUCGUAAAAGAAAAACAAUCCCCCGCGUGUCUGCGAAUAUCUUGGGGCGAAGGUGCCGCACCACCUUGUCUGACUCCCCUUCUCGCGUGUAUGUCGUUACUGUGUCCACCCAAUCAUUUUUUGUAAGCGGUUCAACAUUUUUUUUUAUUUUACUUGGGAGUCAGUUUCCUAUGAGCUUUCGCUGACUUCAUCGCAGCUAUCUGAAUCGAAUGUUUUUUUCUUCAUUUUAAAUGAAGGCUCGGCGUAAUAGGAUAUGAUGUUAGUCUAUACCAUAAUCCAAUUAAUAGUGUGUAUGUGGUCAAUGGUUAAACGUGGCUUGCCUAUAGAUUUUGCCCCCUAAAUCUCCCGUAUGAUCCUUGUGAAGAAUGUAUAUACAUGUGCGAAGAGACUAAUGGCUCUGUAAUUCUUGAAUUAUUUUUUUUAUCUUUUUUAAUACAAUACAAUGAGUCGUUAUACUGUAAUUGAAGGCUUUAACGUCUGUGUAAACAUACAUUAAAUAGCUUUCAUUAAUUUGAUGAUCUUCACAGUCAUACCAUCUGGUCCAGGAACUUUCGUGAAGUGAGGGGGUAGUGUUUUGUUCACACUCGCACAUAGAUAUUACUCGACAACCAUGAUAAUGUUUGGUGUCAGAUAAAAACUUCACAAUUUAAACUGUGCUCACUGAAACUGUCAUUUGGGAUGGCUGUGACAAUCUGUGUUAACUCAAUAAUUCCCAAAACAAGGCCCACCCGCUGGUUAAUUGGUAUGCAUUAGUCGUGUUGCUGUGAUGUGAACGUGUGUCAAGUGGGAGUUUGAUUUUAUUUAAACUAUUCCACCGGGGUCAGCAAAGGUCCUAUGCUAUUAAUGAAUGCGGAACUGCAUCAAUGGUUUUCGUGCGAUUUUACUUUGUCUCUUUAGAAAACGUGGCUGGCUGUCUGUGAACAACUGCAUUUAACGUCCUACCUAGUGCGUGGUUAAAUUGUCAAUAUAAAUAAAUGCAUUGUAUUUGGAUUUAGCAAAGCCAUCCGGCUGCCUAUGUAUUUGUAUUCGAAUGGAAUGUUUAAGAACAAUAUCGUUUAAUAUUCGUAAGAAGUAGCCGCAUCACAAUCAAGAAUUUAUGAUCGAUUUUUUUUCUAAUUUUGUAUUUGGUGACUUUUUUUGUAACAUACAUUCGGUGUUUUACUCUUUACAAAACCUUGCCGUUAUUCUGCUGGUGGUCAUUGCCCAUGACUUGUGCAUGAUGUCUUGUUUGCUUUUGAAAGUUCAUUGGGAAAUAAAUGCCUUUGUGGUGUUCCACGUAAUGGUUCUGUUUUGCGGUGAUUUCCACG